UAUAAAUAUAUACACACACAGUAUAUCACCAUGCUCUUAAUAAGCCAGUCUGUUAUGACCACGCUGCCACACAGUGUCACACCUGCUCACAUGAGACCCUGCUCUUUAAUCUCUACACAUAUAGCCAGGUAAUCCUCUGUGGGAGAGGAGGAGGAGGGACUAAACGAGGGAUGAUGCGAGUCAGGACCGGAGGAGGAGAAGACGGGACGCUCUUCCUUCAGUCGGUAGAGCGCCGUCGAGGGGAGAACUUCUAAGCAUGUCCAAAACCGCCUCCACCUCCUCUGCUGCCUCUGCUGCCUCUGCUGCCUCCACAGACGGCAAAGAUGGCGCCCCCAAGUCCCGGAAGGGCUCGUCGUCCAGCUCUGAGACCCCCAAGAAGGUGAAGGCCAAGAAGACGAGCGAGACCCAGAUGAACAAGGUGUACACCAGCCUGCUCAGCACCGUGUUCGGAGCGGAGAGGGAGCUGGCCCAGGCAGAGUUGGACGAACUGGCGGAGGCCUUCAAGCUGUUUGAGCAAGGGGACGGCUACCUGAACUACAAGGAUGUGGCAGAGUGCAUGAGGACCAUGGGGUACAUGCCCACGGAGAUGGAGCUGCUGGAGAUAGUGCAGCAGAUCAAGAUGAGGAUGGGCGGUCUGAUGGACUUCGAUGACUUCUGUGAGCUGAUGGGUCCAAGGAUGAUGUCAGAGACGGCCGACAUGUUGGGACUCAAGGAGCUGAAAUCUGCCUUCCAACAGUUUGACACGGACGGAGACGGGAAGAUCACCCAGGAUGAGAUGAAGGAGGCGGUGAAGUCCCUGCUGGGGGAGAAGCUGAAAAAGGGCGAGCUGGAGGAGAUCCUGAAGGAGAUGGACAUCAAUGGAGAUGGAGAUGUGGACUUUGAUGAGUUCGUGAUGAUGCUCUCUAUCCGGUAGCUGCCUCCUGUUGUCGUGACAACGCGACACGGUCACCACGGUCACCGCUGUGAUGUUGACGCGAUGAAUGGUUCAUCCCCAGGAUGUGUGGGCGUUGUUUCUCAGGGCGACGUAGGACGUGUUGAAUCAUGUCUAUAGGGACGCUACAAGAUGACUGUGCCUAGCCGUGUGCUGGGCUAGGUCUGACCUUGAGCUGUGCUCUGGGUCAUGAGUACGAACCUUUAGUUAGUUAGCGGUAUUUUGCUUGGUCAGUAUUGAAUCAUCUGCUUUAGACACUUGAUAACUUGUAGAGGAGUUGGUUUUGUGAUGUUCUGCA